GUUCGCGCUUUGCCACCAAAUGGAACUGAAUUGCCAAAAACAACAGCAACGACGAGUAAACUCCACAGAAGAGAGCGGUUUGCACAAGGACCUCCUGACUUCCAUGCUGAUCCUGCUGCUGGUGUUCGUCGUCUUCAUCCUUCUGGCUGGCUACUUCUUCAGAAACAGAAACAGAAAAGGAGGCGAGACAGGGAAGGACUGCGAGCCCUUCGCCCUAAAAGAAAACGUUCCCAGACACCGAAAAUAUUUUCCGGUAGAUGUUUCGAGUGUGCUGGUACUUGGGCAACAGCAGAGAGUGAUGCUGCUCAGCAGGUCUCCUUCGGGCCCAAAGAAGUAUUUUCCUAUUCCAGUAGAAAAUCUUGAGGAAGAAAUCAGGAUCCGGUCGGCGGACGAAGGGAAACUCUUCCGGGAGGAGUUUAACUCGUUGACACCUGGACAUGUGCAGGGAACGUUUGAAAUGGCAAAUAAGGAAGAAAACAGGGAUAAGAACAGAUAUCCUAACAUCCUUCCUUAUGAUCAUUCCAGAGUGAUUUUGACCCAAGUAGAUGGAGUCCCAUCUUCAGACUACAUUAAUGCAUCUUAUAUAGAUGGUUACAAAGAAAAGAAUAAAUUUAUAGCAGCACAAGGACCUAAACAAGAAACAGUCAAUGAUUUCUGGAGGAUGAUAUGGGAACAGAAGUCUGCAGUGAUCGUCAUGUUAACAAACUUGAAAGAAAGAAAAGAGGACAAAUGUUAUCAAUAUUGGCCUGAUCAAGGGUGCUGGACUUACGGAAAUAUCCGCGUCUCAGUGGAAGAUUGUAUAGUCCUUGUGGACUACACCAUCCGCAAAUUCUGCGUUCAGUCACAGCUUCAUGACGGUUGUAAAGCUCCGAGGCUGGUUACACAGCUUCAUUUUACCAGCUGGCCUGAUUUUGGAGUGCCUUUCACCCCUAUUGGCAUGCUGAAGUUUCUGAAAAAAGUCAAAACGUUGAAUCCUGCCCAUGCCGGACCAAUUGUGGUUCACUGUAGCGCUGGUGUGGGUCGAACCGGCACGUUUAUCGUUAUAGAUGCUAUAAUAGACAUGAUGCAUGCUGAACAGAGAGUUGAUGUUUUUGAGUUUGUGUCAAGAAUCCGCAAUCAGCGUCCACAAAUGGUUCAGACUGAUAUGCAAUACUCAUUCAUUUAUCAAGCCUUACUUGAAUACUACCUCUACGGUGACACAGAACUAGAUGUGUCAUCCUUAGAAAAACAUCUACAAACAUCACACAGUACAGCGCCAAAUCUUGUCAAAAUAGGGCUGGAAGAAGAAUUUAAAAAAUUAACAAACGUUCGAAUAAUGAAGGAAAACAUGAGAACUGGCAAUCUUCCAGCAAAUAUGAAAAAAGCUAGAGUCAUCCAGAUUAUUCCAUAUGACUUUAAUAGAGUGAUUCUGUCAAUGAAAAGAGGUCAAGAGUAUACAGACUACAUCAAUGCAUCCUUCAUAGAUGGCUAUCGCCAGAAGGAUUACUUCAUUGCCACGCAAGGACCGCUGCCGCACACCGUGGAGGAUUUCUGGCGAAUGGUUUGGGAGUGGAAGUGUCACACUAUAGUUAUGCUCACAGAAGUUCAGGAAAGGGAGCAGGAAAAAUGCUUCCAGUACUGGCCAUCAGAGGGCUCUGUGACUCACGGAGAAAUAACGGUAGAAAUAAAGAAUGACACUCUUUUAGAUGCCAUAAGUGUAAGGGACUUCAUAGUUACAUACAAUCAGAGUAACCAGGAGAAGCAAAGCAGGCUUGUCCGACAGUUCCAUGCUGUUCAAAAGCAGCAGCAGCAAACGGGAAACCAUCCGAUCACGGUGCACUGCAGUGCUGGCGCUGGAAGAACAGGUACAUUCAUAGCACUCAGCAAUAUUCUGGAACGAGUAAAGGCUGAAGGGCUCUUAGAUGUAUUUCAAGCUGUGAAGAGCUUAAGGCUGCAAAGACCACAUAUGGUGCAAACACUGGAACAGUAUGAAUUCUGCUACAGAGUGGUACAAGAUUUCAUCGACAUAUUUUCUGAUUAUGCUAAUUUCAAAUGAAAAUUCCUGCCUUAUUUUUUAAGUUGUCUGUAUAAAUAGUUGUAUAUUCUGUUAAUUUAUUUUAUGUUAUUCUGAUUGUUGACUUUUACUGUAAAUAUGACCUUGUGUUUGCUCUAAAAGUUGCAUUUGCUGUAUAAAACUUUCUUAAAUAUAAAUAUCUUUAAAAGCAAAUUAUAAUGUUCAUAUACAGUAUAUCAUUCUAAGAUGUUAUAGAAAUCUUUAUUCUAAAUAACAGUAAAUUCUUGAAGAUUUAUUUCUUUGCAUUUUUCCCCUUACAGAUAUUUACCAAUAAUGUUAUUUCUCAAUUCUUGAAACUUUACGUAGCUGAUUUACAUUUCAUAUUAGAAAAAUGAAUUGUGGUAUAUAUGUUUUAGCUAAAUGUGUUUUGGCCAGAAACCUUUUUCCACUGAGGUCAACGGCAAAUGAAAAUAGUCUUUAUUUGGGGGCACGUUCUGAUAACCUACUCAUGCUUAUUUGUAAUUUAUUUCACAAAGAGUCUCAGUGAAGGUCAAGAGACUGUUCAUCGAGUGAAGUGCUAUUAAUGAUAAAGGUAGCAGAAUAUGGCUCUUCAGUCAUAAUAAUGUACAGUCCAACUGACAAAUAUAACUGCUUCUAAAAUCUGUUUUGAAGAACCUCCGGGUUGGUGGUGGUUCUGUUUUCAGUCUUACUGUCAAUAAGACAGAAUCAGUAUAAAUAUAGAUUUGAAUUGUUUGAUUUAAUAUAGUUUUCAAAGUCCAUUUAUUUUGUUCUUUCCUAAAUAUUGCAGCAGCUUAAAUCAAUGUAGGAGUACAAUAAUGUGAGUACAAUAUUUGGAGAAUACUUUGCAUAUCAGAAGAGUAUAUUUUGCUGCACCUGAACUUGUCUACUUCAAGAGGCUUUAUAGCCAUUAUCAAAAAUUGAUAGAAAGCUCCUAUAUACAUGUGCAUAGAUUCCCCAUUCUUUGAGAAAUGGAGAAAGAGAAAAAGGUAGAGUAGCAUCCACAGAUUUGAUAUUUUUACUGAAAGUACUACUGAUAAUCUAAUUGGUAAAAUAAAUUUUAAAAAAUCUUUAUCAUAGUCCUGAAUUGGAUUUGCUGGAGGUUGGAAAAUCCAAAAAGAUCACAGGGCAUCUGAAUGUUGAGUAACUUAAAUAUAUCUUUUCUGCUCUUUAAAAUGCUUAUAUGAAUUAGUGAGCACAAAAUAUGAGAAUAUGUACUUUAAUUUCAUGACUAAUAUGCAAUAGUUCUGUCUUGUCCAAUUGAUUGGGAUUUUUUCAGUGCAAACAUAAAAAGCCUUAUUUAAAAUAAGCAGCUUACACUGAUCACUUCACUGCUGUUCUUGCACUAUUUUAUCCCAUGACCAUUUUCACUCUCUCAUACUAAAUAGCAUCAUACUUUGUAACAAAGCAGAGGAAAAGGAAGAUGCUCAUACUUCCAUUUCAUACUAAAUGGAAAAGGUGCAGUUCAGAAAUUUCUAAGCACACUGUUCUGAACACUGCCACUUACUGCUUCUUGUCUUCCCAGUGAUGCACUUCUGUAUUUAUUUGUACAGUAAAUUAUGCACUUAAAGAAAAAAGAUUGUUUAAAGACUAAACAUUUGUUAUGAGUUGCUGUUAGAAGCUACAGUCACAAUGCAGAAAACAUUGACUAGAGAAAAGAAUGCUAAGUAAGCUUACAUUACUACUGCAUGCUAAAAUUUUAUAAAAUUUUAAAAAGCCAACAGUGGAAUUCAAUAUGAAAACCACUAUGGCGGGCUUUUCAGUAUGAUCAUUUGUGGAACAGGGAGAAUUAGAGAGGUUAGAUGACGAUAGAAAUAACAUAAAGAAACUUCCAACAUUUUCCAGGAAAGUGUAUUUUACAGCCCAAAUAGAUCCCAAAGUCAGGAUUUUUCCAAACAUUUGGCCUACAUUUCAAAAUAAUUUAUGUCUACCGGACAGCCUUUUGGGUCUGUGUUUUCGGGAUUUUAAAUAAAAGCUUAUAUUAAGAGUUGCCUCAUUAAGCAAACCUCUGCAGCUCACUGGCAACACAGUGUGAUGUUAGUGGAGAUCCAUAACCCCACGGCUGCAGCAACUGCAGUAGGGCUCCAGGCGCCCACAGGUUUUACCACUAGGGAACCCCCAGAAGGGCAGAGGCAGCAAUGUGUAAUUAAUUAAACAACGUAUAGAAGAGGUAAGCCGAGACAUCAAAUGCUAAGUGGUACUCUGAUUUUAGUUGCUAACCGUAUUAAAAUGUGUAAGAGGAAACUGAAAUACCUAGAAUAUAUUUCUAAAUUUAUACAUCUAGCUAUGUAAUGACUUUAUUAAUAAUUCAGAUGCUUUUUUCCACUUUUUGUGUUUAGUCAAUGGGCCGUUGUACUUAACUGCAGCAGCCUAGUAACUGAGAAGAUAUAUCUAGAUAAAGUCAUAUGAAUUUUCUUUUAACUUUUCCUAUGUUGCAUGGAAUUACUUUAAAAUGCCAAAUAGUGAUUAGAAAUUUUGCCUUCUGAUCUGUAUGUGGUUUUGGUCACUAUGUGACUUGACUGUCUGUUUUCAUGUAUUAAGAUAGGUUCCAGUUCACCUAAGCAUUUAAGCCUUUGCUUUACGACAUCUCUAUGCCACAAAAUAUUUAAGUACCGUAGGUUCUUUGCUCCUGAAGCAAUCCCUUAAGUGCUUUGCUGAAUUGGGCCUUAAUGAAGAAUGCAUACUGUAAUUACCAGUGUUUUUUAGAGUAUUUUUAUGUAUCAGUUUUUUAAACUUUUAAAAUGAGCCUGACCACCUGUGUUCAAUAUUUUGAAUGUUUUCAUUUCCCUAACAUCAUUUUCAAUGUAAAGUUAUUGAAACUUUUCUGUAUAACCAAAUUGUAUUUAAUUUGUCAAAUCUUUAUAAUAUAUGUAUGUAUUAUACAGUUCCAGCUAUUUUCUUUUAUUACAUUUAUAAUUUGAUCUUGCUGUGUUUGUUUUUAAUGCCAGUGAAUGUUGCUAAAUUAUUUGUAUAUGCAAAUUGCAAGAUCUAAUACAUUCUGAUGCAAGAACAAAGCUUUGUUUUAUUCUCAAACUCUAUUAUUUUCUUUAAAUCUUUUAAUUUCAUUCCCAUACUGUGUGUUCAUUUAAGUAUUCUGAAGGAGCUGAAAUCCAUUAUCUAGAUAAACAAUUUUUCAGUACUUAUACUCUGCAGUUAUUCCAGAAAUAAUAUUCUGAUUCAUGUUGUAACUGAAGCAUUGGGCAUAUCAAGUGCAUAUAAAGUCAUGAUAGCAAUUUGAAGGCCAAACAUGCCCAAACUGUGUUUAUAAGUAGGAUGACAGACCUUUAUGACAUGAGUAGUCCCAUCGCAGUCUUCCCUUACAAGUAUAAAUCUAAUGAUUCAAAUUCUGACCCUACAGUACCUCAACAACUGUUACUCCUCCAGGGUAUUUGUACAGAAACGAGCACAGAGACUCCUUGUCUUUGAUCAUGCCCUUCCUCCAUUCCUUCCUUCCAGCAGAGUACGAGAGUGGAGUGGGGCAGACGUGGAAGAAGGGCUUGGGGUGGGCUGCGCUUCCUUCCGGAGAGGUGGGGAGGAGCUGGGCAACCCUGCACCACUUUGCUUUGCUGGUUACUCCGUGGGAUGAAUUAGCCCAGGAAUGGGUUUCACUUUCUGCAUGAAACUGCAAUAGGAAGAGGCUUUGUAUUGGACCUCAUGUACCACGAAUAAUCAAGAUGGCCUACUGCUGUAACAGGUGUCAGGGGACACCGAUGUAAACCAGAAAUAACUAUGCUGAAGGAGAUUACUCUCCUAAUGUCAAGCUAGUAUCAUUGAGAUUAGAAAAGAUUCAAUAUUUUUUGUGAAAUACGAUUUAAUGAAGCAAUAUUGAGUUGAACUCCUUUAGCCCCAUUUCCUCUGGUAUUCUUAACAUUUGGGAAGUUGCUUUUACAGUGUAGAGAAUUUUCUGAUUCUUUCUUCAAACUUAAGUUGGAAGAACUUUUAUUUUGUGCAUGUCCCUCCUGUGCACUGUAUGUUAACCUUUUAGAGCAUUUUUCUUUGUAAUCAUGCUACUUUGUAAUAGAAAUUGAACAAUCCAGUAAUAAUUGUAGCAACGUUUGCCAAGAAUAACUGUACUAAAGUGCUGCUCUCAAGAGCUGCAGUCAUUAUGUGCAUCUCAAAGAGAUGUCUCUGCUUUCUUGAAAAGAUAUAUUUACUGAUCAAGAAUUUGCCUGAUGAUUUUUAAAUAUAGAGACAUACCACAUUGAAAUACGCAAGAGCCUUUAUGAAAUUAAUGUUCAGGAAAAUAUUGUUGUUUCUAAAUGUGAUACUAAAUAGUACCAAAUCAAGAGUACUAUUUUUCAUUACAUGUCACAGCUACUCCUUUCCUUGGAAUGCCAGAUAAGCUGAUAAAAUAAUUUGUGUGAUUGCAUCAAAUACUUUUAGCACCUAUCAAGACGCACAGCUUGUGAGCCCAAUGGAAGCUAGCUUUGUGUGGGAAUAGACAGAUACCUUUGUGUGGUUUCAUAAAAUAGAAAACUAAAAAAAAAAAAUAAUCAGUUGUUAUUAUAGCCUAAUCAAUCAUUGCUUAAAAAUAAUUACUGAUUAUAUUCAAAAUUACUGAUUAUGAGGGAUCUGCACAAUUCCUAGUAUAAUGAGGUUCUGUCUGGAAAUAUCGUAGUAUCACUGUUUUUAGAUUUUUCAAGUUAAAUAAUGGGGAUUACAAGCUAUGAGACAAAAAGAAUGAUUUUUUUUAAUGUGUUCAUCUUAGUGUGCUUCUGUUUGUUCUAUUUCUGUAUUAAAGAUGAACAAUAAAAAGCAUCUUUGCUAACCAUACAGCCAGUCACAGUUAGUUAGUGUUUUUAUUAAAAACAAAUCUGAAGUUUCAGAAAAGACUUGGGAUCACUUGGUCCUCAUCUCCUUAAAGUAGCUAACAUGUCGCUGUUUGGAUACUGCAUUGAUAGUUGGAAUCAAAUAGGAAAAGAAAACAUCCACUGAGGAAGGGAUCUCAGUGGGAAGGUGACAGUAUAAUUAAGGUUCAAACAGUAGAAAUGUUUUUCUCACAACAGAUACCCUCUGCUCUCUUUAAAAGUCCCAUUUUAAUGAAAGAUCUGGAGAAAUCAGUUGAGAAACAAAUAUCCUAAGAUUCUACUGGCAUACAGAAAUAAUACAACUAUACAGAAAACAUGAAACCUGUAACUUGCAAACCUGUUCAUGUAUGUGGAUUUUAUUUAAUUAA